GAUUUGGCCUUACUACUCAGUGUGCCUCGUUAUGCAGGUCACUUGCUGAUGAUGUCACUCCUGACGAAGCUCUAGUUGUGGGGGAUACUGUAAAGUGGUGACAUCCAGUUAAUGUGUCUCCUGCUCUGCCGGUAAUAAACUUUCUUUCAUCUGUGAGCAUUUUUGGUUAUGACCUCCAGAACCAAGAAGCGAAUUGUCCUACCCACCCGACCCGAGCCACCCAGCAUUGAGCAAAUUCUACAAGAUGUCCAUGGGGCUCUAGCUUCUGACCCAGUGUUUAUCUGCGACUUCAGUGAUGAUUCCUUGCUUUCUAAUAAUGCUACCGUAUGUGAGAGGGAGAAGCAAUAUGGUCAGAGCUGUAAUUAUGUGGAUAUGAACAACAAACUAAAGGAAAUUCUAAUCCAAUUGAAGACAAAAUCUGUUGCGUUGAAGUGUGCAGGGGAAAAACUGGAAGAAGACAUUGAGAAUUUGAGAGAAGCAACCAUGUGAAAUAUCUCCAGGGAAAGUUCCACAAAGUUUUUGGGAAAAUAUAUAUAGGUGGAUGUUGGUUAUUUUUUUCAUUUUUGCUUGGCAUUUGGUUUGGCCUUGCAUUGCAAAUAUACCUUUGAUGAUUGCCAAUAAUUUGAAACUUGCAGACUGAGGGGACUGGGUCAUUGGUCAUGCUAACAAACUGCUGUGUGAUGCAUGUUACAUUUUAGUUUCAGAUAUGUGCCUCUGUUUGCUUAUAUGACUAUUUUCUUUACUAAUCUUUAGGUAAUGCACAUUUGGUCACCUCGGAUAGCAACAUAUGAGUGCAGAUUCACUACAUUGACCACAAUGAGUACCAUAAUUAAAUUGCUGGAUCUCUGCUUUUGACUGAAAAAAAGUGAUUUUUGGAAAGACUUAUCAGUAGGUGGUAUUAGCAUUCUUCAUGUUCUCUUCAAGUUUUAAGUAAAGUUUUGCUUGACAUUGGACAUUUGUUCGGACCCAUAUACUUUAUACUCAAUUUUGAUACUUCAUUGGCCAUUGCUCUGAAACAUGCAAAGCAAAGGAAUAGGAACAUUGCCUAUACUAAAAAGACAAUGCUGUGGAAUACACAAUAAUUUAUAUUUAGGUCUCAGACAUGUGUGCCACUCGAUACUUAUAUGACUUCUCCUUGUGGUAUUGCUUAAAUGAUGCACAUGUGGCCACUAACAUAAUCAGCACGUUAGAGCAGAAUAACUACAAUGGCUAUGAUGAGCACCGUGACAAAAUUGCUGGGACACAGGCAAUUACUGGGACAACUCGUGUCAUCCAGUCCAGCCGAAUAUCAUUCCUUAUUGUGUCAGCUACCUCCCUACAUGACCCUUGGUUCGAGCGUGUCUCUGAAUGGAAUCUAGUGAACUUUGUAGACCAAGAGGCUGUUAAAGUUGUGCCAAUUUAUGUGGGAAUAGAUGAAUCACAGAGACCCCUAAUACUACGUUUUCUGACUAGUCUUAACUUUGAUUGCAAGUACUUUCAAAAGAAACUUCUGAAUAGCAUGAAACUGAGAAACCAUCACUGACUUUGCAACUGUGGAUGUUUUUUUGUACUGUUGCUAUUUCUUUCAUGGCCACUUAUAGAAGCAUGUUCCAUUAUUUAAAAAAUCAUUUUUAAAUAAAUAGAGAUUGGCUA